AUGUUUCAAGAUAAAGUAACUGAUUCGCAAUUCAAAUUGAGUUUUGUUGGUACAUUAUUGGAAAUUUUUGUCAACUUGAUGGGGCCCUUGGCACAGAUCAUUGCUUCACGCUUUGGUAGCAAAACUGUAUUAAUUCUGGGCACCAUUCUAGCUACCUUGGGCCUUGAAUUAGCAAGUCUUGGAACAGAGAUCUGGCAUUUUUAUUUAACGCAAGGUAUCAUGUUUGGUUCUGGUGCUUCUCUCCUUUACGUCACUGCUAUGGGGAUAGCCCCAUUAUGGUUUAAUAAAAGCAGAGGUUUUGCUCUGGGUCUUGCUUCAGGUGGUUCAGGCUUAGGAGGCCUUGUUUUACCCUUUGUUAUUUCACCUAUUAAUGAAGCACUGGGUGUUGCGUGGAGCUUCCGUAUCUUGGGUUUUAUCUGUCUUGUUUGCGACGUUUUGGCAUGUAUCUUCAUCAAAGAAAAAGAUCCAGCAAUGAGAAAGAAAAGGAGUCAGUCCUUGAGCAAUAUCUUUGAUCUUUCCGUCUUUAAAGACACCAAUUUCUUGCUGUUUGCUUGCGGUUCUGUGAUUUCUCUUAUGGGUUAUUUUAUCCCUUACUUCUUCUUGCCUGCUUAUGCUACUUAUUUGGGCUUAUCCGCUUCACAAAGCUCAACCCUGAUUGCUAUUAUGUCUGCUGCUAACUUUGUAGGACGAAUAUUAGUAGGGUUUAUUGGUGAUCGUAUUGGUAGACUUAAUGCAGACAUUAUCUUUACCUUUUGUUGUGCCCUUAGUAAUUUACUUGUAUGGACAUUUGCUUUCAAUUAUAGUGUUUUGAUCGGUUAUUCUGUCUUGUUUGGACUCUUUUGCGGAUCUUAUUUUGCCAUGAUGACACCUAUUGCAGCAUCCAUUUUGACUCCUGAACAGUAUCGUACUGGUGUAUCUACACUUUUGUUAUUUAAUGUCAUUGCUGUCUUUGGUAUUACCAUUGCUAGUGCCAUUGAGACAAAUGCCAAUGCUGAACCUUAUUUUUCAUACAAGAUGUUUACAGGUGUGGUCUAUCUUAUGGGUGGGAUAAUUUUAGUGGCACUCAAGAUCAAAUUCAAGGGACUUUUUGCUAAAUUUUAG